CCGGCGAGGGGGAGCUCUGAGGAUGCUCCACCGAGCUGGAAGAGCGCACAUUCAGUGGGAGUUUACGCUGAGAGAUCAGCCUUUGUCAGCUGUGCCCUAAGAACAGGGAGUCCUCUGCAGAGAGCUUUUCCGUACCUCACCGCUGCUCCAUUGUCCUGCUCUGCAGCCAUGAAUUAUCUGCGACGGCGUCUCUCAGACAGCACUUUCAUCUCGAACCUGCCCAAUGGCUACAUGACAGACCUUCAGAGGCCUGACCCAGCUCAGCCUCCACCACCUGCCUCCACCGCACCCGCUAAGUCCCCCACAGCAGGGCCUACACCUCCCGCCACUUCGCCUGCUCCGGAGAGGAAAACUCAGCCGGCGCAAUCCACCGGAGCUGGUUUCUUCAGCUCCAUCACCAACGUUGUCAAGCAGACGGCUGCUUCAGCAGGGCUAGUAGAGCAAACCUCAGUCACGACACCCAAGAAGUUCAAGACUCUCCUGGUCAUCGACGAACCUCAACAAGAGUGGGUAAAGUUAUUCCGUGGGAAGAAAAUAUAUGGCGAUUAUGACAUCAAAGUCGAACAGGCGGAGUUCAGUGAGAUCAACAUCAUGGCUCAAGCCAGCGGGACUUGCAAUGUCACCAUGCAGGUUUACAGAAAUGGCACCAAGGUUGUCAGGUCAUUCAAACCAGACUUUGUGUUGAUUCGACAACAUGCCUUCAGUAUGACCCAAAACGAAGAUUUUCGCAACCUUAUAAUCGGUCUGCAGUAUGGAGGCGUCCCAAGCAUCAAUUCAUUGGAUUCCAUCUACAACCUGUGUGACAAGCCCUGGGCGUUUGCCCAACUCAUCAACACCCAGAGGAAGCUGGGGGCUGACAAGUUCCCGCUGAUUGAACAGACUUUUUACCCAAACUAUAAGGAGAUGGCCAGCAUGCCGUCUUUCCCUGUGGUUAUCAAGAUUGGUCACGCCCACUCCGGUAUUGGAAAGGUGAAGGUUGAUAAUCACAGUAAGUUCCAGGACAUUGCCAGUGUUGUGGCUCUCACCCAAACAUACACCACUACUGAGCCUCUCGUUGAAUCUAAAUAUGAUAUCAGAAUCCAGAAGAUUGGCGCUGACUACAAAGCUUACAUGAGAACAUCUAUAUCCGGCAACUGGAAGACCAACACCGGGUCGGCGAUGCUGGAACAGGUGGCAAUGACUGACAAAUAUAAGCUUUGGGUUGACACUUGCUCAGAGAUUUUCGGGGGUCUGGAUAUUUGUGCAGUCAAGGCCAUCCAUGGAAAGGAUGGAAGAGAUUACAUCACAGAGGUGGUGGGCUCAUCCAUGCCUCUGGUGGGGGAGCACCAGGCCGAGGACAGGCAGCUCAUCUCUGACAUGGUGCUGGCUAAAAUGAACCAGAUAGCGGAGAAGGAUGCAAACGCUCCCCAGAAACCCAUGACAGUGCAGCCAUCCCAGGGUGUGAGUCCGAAAGGAGAAAUUAUAGGUGAGACCAUGAAGAACGGUGCUGGCCGCCCACCUCAAGGUUGUCUUCAGUACAUCCUCGAUUGCAAUGGCGUGGCCGUGGGUCCGAAAGCAGUCCAGGCUAACUGAACCAGCCAAGGAGGAGAAUCCGUGGCGUACUCUGAGCUGAACACAAGUGUGAGGAUGCUGAUAGCUUGGAUCACAACUGGGUGACCGGGCCCUCAGCUCACAGCAGCUGAGUGGCGCCCUGGACUGUGUUUUUUAACUCUAUGCAGAGUCCAAAUGUACUGUCUACUUGUUGAUUAGUGUGCUUGUAUCGGUCACCUGUGUUUCAGUAGCUGUGGAUUUUCUUUGGGGCUGCCGUGGAUGAUGUAAGAAGCAGACUGUGCCUACAAUGCGUUCAGUGCCGCUGUGUGCUUACCAGCUGUGAGCCUUUCAUUUAACCCUUAUCGGUUUUAUACUUGGCUGUGUGUCUUUCAAUAGGGUUCAAACAGUGGAAGUUAGUUCUUAAUAUGUAUACAAUACUUGGGUGUGUAUGGCUGUGGUGAUUAUUUUCAUACAUAUAAUAUAUAUUUAUUUUUGUUUUGCAUGAUUGAUACAAACCAGAGAAGAGGGAUGUAACAUUACUGUUUUAUCCGAGAUGUGUUCCUUGUGAUUCAUGCAUUGUAAAUGUGGCAAUGCUUACAUGUAUUCACUAUUAACACGGUGAUCUGCUACUGCCUUCAUUUAGUUUAAGAUGCUAUAUGGAUAGAUACUUUAUUCAUCUUUGAGUGUCACUGCACACACACACACAUAUAUAUAUAUAUAAAUACAUAUAUAUAUAUAUAUAAAUCUGUAUGAUUUUGAACCAAAGAUUCCAAUAUUGAAAUGAAUAUUUGUUGUAAAAAUAGCAGCAAUCCUACGCUCAAGAUAAUAGUUUAAUCUGUGACAAAUCAUAAUGCUGCGUUAAAGGGGAAUUGCACUUUUUGGGGAAUUUUCCACUUUUUCUGUGCAUCAUAACACGGGAAAAUGAGUUUAUAUGAGCUUGCUAACAAUGUUGUCAACAUUGCAUCAUUUUAUAUCCAUGCUGUGAUCAUGCAUGAACACGUACACUGAUGAUAACGUAUAAUAGUUGCAGUAUCUUGCUGUAUUUUCAUGAUUUAAAACACUUUCCUCGGCGCAUUGCUACACAUACUUAUGCUAGUUCCGUCAACAACAGCAGCAUAGAUACAGCGGCAACACUUACAAUGUCCGCUCUCCUUGGGAUGGCUGUGUCUUCCAGCACAUGACGUAUGCUCCAGUCCUCGGGUUAAAAAAUGCUGACGGCAAACGAGCAUCUUGUUGAGUCUUUGUAGCGAAAUUGAGAGCUCGGUAUCCACUCUUCCAUCUGCGAAUGACAUUGAGAUUAGCGAUUAGCGACGCAUCAUGUUAAUCCACCAGAUUGUUAGGUGCUAAAAUAAUAUAAUUACUGUAGCUUGGUUAAUAUACAAGUCAGUUGUGUAAAUUGAACAGUUUUUUUUGUUGUUUUGUGAGGUAUUCCCAUCACGUCCGUUGCUAGCAAGCUUAUAUUAACUUGUUUUCUUGUGUUAUAAUGCAGAUAAAUAUAGGGAAAGACAUACGUGUUCAUGUUUCACAUAAGGAUUGUGAAAGAUGGGCAAAAGAAAUGUUCAAAAGUGCAGUUCUCUAUUCGUGUCCUCUUAUGUAUUAAGUCAAAUCUGCCACAAAAUGUCCUUCUGUGACCAUGCACUGGAUAUCAGUGGUGGUGGUGUUGUCAUGACAACCAUACAAGUGCUCUGAGUUUGAGCUUGGACCUGUUACUGCUGUUCAUAGACUGAACACACAAAGAUAACACACUCCUCCUGUGAAUAGAUGGAAAAGUGCAAUAUUUUAUUUUCUAUUGUGACAUAUCUGAUUUGAAAUCAGCUCUUCCUUGAAAUUGAUUCUAAUAGCUAUCAUCAACCAUAUAGUCAACCAGAGUCACAAUCGGCUGUUUCUUGUCUUGUGGCUUUUUAGGCUACAUAGUGGUGCAACUGAAAUAACAGCCAAAUCAUCUGUAAAAAAGAACUUUGCACCUCGAUCUGCCAUGAUAGAAAAUCUGUUCUGCAAGCCGUGUGUGUAAUUGUUUUCCAAGUGUAUCUGUGAGUGUAUCUGUGUACAAGCCAUGCCUGAGGCUUUAUGGAUGUGUUGUACUGUUCACUAGGAAAUAUGCCAUGACUGAUUUCUAAAGGGAGAACACACAAAUACCUGAGAGUCUAUAUAUUGAAAGUGAAUGUGUUUUUUCUGCCAGAUAAAACCUAUUCAGACCUGAGGAACAGAAACUAUUAAGGGCCAUGAUAACGUCAUAUGCUGUUGGACUGGUUAAAUCUUGAUCGGAAUUCAAUAUGUUGUGGAAUGAUCCACAAAGGUUAUUUCCAGUCUGUCAAUGGCAAUAAAGCUUCCUUUGCAAUAUACAAUUUGUGUCCU